AUGAUAGCCUCUAUGGAGAUGGUUUUGAAGCUGACAGACCGAAACAGCGGACCUCCACCUCCUCCGAAGAGAACAGAGAACAGCGCUCCUGCAUAUGGGGGAGGUUGGCCAGAGGAUGAAUUUGAUGAGGAAGAAGAUGGUGACACAUAUGAGCCUCCACCUUGUGAACGCGCCAUUAAGAAAGUUCCUCCUCGUCCUAUAGAAGAAAACGUGUAUUUGGGUCUUCCGGAGAGGAAUACAAACCCUGCUAUUCCCUCAAGACAUGCCAUCCCACCCCCGCGACCUGCCAAGUUCACUCCCAUGAACAAAACCCAGAGGCCAGAUCCACCAGCUGACCCAGAAGAGUUCUACAUUGAUCCAAAUGCCAGGAAACCUCCAGAGGUGGUGCGUAAAGAUAAGCCAGGGAAGAAACCUGGCCAGAGGAAACCCCCACCGAUGAGACCACCUCUCACUACUCAGGAGGAAGCGUGCCCACCGGUUCCCCGCAAUGCCGUACCCCUCCCUGGAAAGACUAUGAGAGAUCCACCUCCACCUAUAAUGAAGCCACUUGUGCCACGAGCCAGUUCUGUGAGUGAUGUGCUCUCUUUCAGCUCUGGCCUAUCCGCAGACCCUAAAUCAGCUGUUCCUCCAGAGGUGAAGCGUUCAGGCUUUCCAGGCAAAAUGCCUCCCCCUACACCGAUUACUAAACCUCCUCUGCCCAGUGGACUGAAGGAGCCCAAACCCAGCCCGCCGCCCCCUCCUUCAGUGGGUAACGGAGGUCCAGUCUCCCCAAAGUCAACACUACAGAAUGCAGGAGAGGAGUCCCAGCUUCAAGACAGGGAGUGGUUUGCUGGAAACUGUGACCGCAAGACAGCAGAAGACAUUUUACUAAGAGUCAAUAAGGACGGUUCAUUUCUCGUGCGACGGAGUUCUGCUCAGAACGCACGACAGCCCUUCACGCUGGUGGUACUAUACAGACAAAAAGUCUACAAUAUCCCCGUACGCUUCCUCGAGGACACAUGCAGUUAUGCGCUCGGCAAGGAGGGGAAAAAAAGUGAAGAGUUAUUUGGCAGUCUGACAGAGAUGAUUUCUUUCUAUAAUAAUAACCCUAUCCUACUGAUCGACAGCAAGAGCCAAGCCAAACACACCACCUACCUCACACACCCAAUUCGACCGUAACGCACGUGUGCAUGCGCACACACACACACACAAACACACACACACACACGCGC